AUGGAGAACGAACAAUGGACAGAAGUCCAAUACGGUAAGCGUCGCCGGCUGGCUCGCUACCAGACGACCAAUGAAGGGAUGGCCCGUGCAUUCCCCUCCUCAAAUCGGAGGGAUCCUUUCACUCACCUAAACCGGCCAGUGCCUCCCUUCAACCAAAAUGGCCGUCGCCAAAGACCCGCAUAUGCGGACAUGAUGAGACAAAAUCGGUAUCAACAAAGACCUAAUAAAGACAAACAAUGGACACAAAAUGUUGAACUACACAAAAACAAAACAAAGAAUACAAGAAUGGACGAUGAAGAGAUUCUUAGAGAACCAGCCAACCCUAAUUUGAGGACAUUGGUCCGUAAACUGCAUCAGAUCAUUAAAAUUGUACAUCAUUUACAAAAUGUGAAUGUCAAAGAAAAUAUACCUCAACCAAAAACAAUAAAGAGGAUGGUAAACACGCUGACUAACAUGAUAAAACCUGCGAUACCCAACGAAACCACACUAGACCUAAUUAUGGGAAAUGCUUAUAACUGGGGACACACAACUUGUCAAAUUCUGACGACUCAUUAUGAGACUGUGUUACCUGAGUUAUUGAAGGAACUACAAGGACUGUUGACAACCGAAUGGAAGAAGGCAUUUGAGACUGCAGUGAGAUGGGCAAAAAGAAAUACACCCAGAAUUAAACAAAUGGAAAUAGACCAUGCAGAAGCACUAAUAACAGUUGAAUGGGACAGUCGAAAAGAAACAGAGACUUUCUUGCUACAAAAUGAUGAUUUUCCAGAACUAAAGAAAACAAAUCAGAGGACACAACAGACAAACAACAGAGAAAAAACAAAUGCAACUCAGAUUGAAAACAGUAUAGAACGACCUGGAGUUUCAGGAACUCCAAAACAACAACGACAGAAAACAAAAGAAAAAAUGACACAAGAAAAAGAGACAAACACUAUGAGAAGUACACAAGAGAGUGGGACAAAUACGGAAGAACCACAAAUAAACAGAGUCCAACAGAAUACUCUAAGACCAAGAGGUGAGAACAAGAUGAAAACAAUAGAAACACCCAAGAAACAUAAGAAAAAAACAAAACAUAUGUCACUACAAGAAGAACUGGACACAGAAACAGAGGAGGAAAGAGAAGAUUCAGAAGCAGAGAUUGACAAAUUUUUGUCUAUGAUGUUAGAGGUACCAGGAACAGAUGUAGAAGAAGAUACAGAAACAGACUUUGAAGAAAAGGAUGAAAUAGAAGAGAAGGAAGGAACAAUAACAGAGAUAGAGGAAGAGGAACAGAAAUCAGAGACAACAUUGAACACAACAAAUAAUACACCAAGGAGUCUCAGAAGAAGCACUAAAGUGACUAGACAUGAAGAUUCCACAAGAAAGACAAAAGAAUGGAAAUUCGAACCCAGAGAAAAAUUCCUGAUAGUGGGAGAUGCAAAUUUGGCUCGCAUUCCUAAAAUUUAUGUGAAAGAUAUUCAAAUUGAUAGUUUUCCUGGUGGCCACUUUCGGCAUUGCAAGGAAAUGAUGGAAAAGGUAGAGGUACCAGAGGACUUAUUUGUUGAAGAAGUGAUUUUAUCAUUCGGGAUGGAAAGCCGGAAAAACAAAAUAGAAACGACAAUCAAAAACCUACAAUCAGCAAUCAGAGCUACAAAGAGAGCAUUUCCGGAUGCUUUUGUCAGAGUACAAAAGGUAAAUUACUCAAUGGAAUUGCCAGAAACCGAAAAGAAAAAUUUACGAGAACUAAAUGCAUACAUCAACCAAAAUGUGAGCCAUAUUUUACCUUUGGAAGCGGAAAAAUUCGAAGUAGAACAAAACCAAAUACAAUGGACAACAGAAACAGCAAAACUUAUGAUAAUUCAUUGGUGCAAAACUUUACCUAUAACAAUAUAAUGACAGACAGAAACUUACCAUAUCCACUUUAAAAAUGGGAACAUCGCCAUCUAGGAAAGAAAGAAGGAAGACAAUUACAAUUAAAUUUAAACCUCAUUAGCACUAUGCUAUAAAAACCACAACAAGGACAAACAAAAAACAGAAACAAACAUAUACUUACCAUGAAUAAUAAAAUUUACUUGAAUCUAAAUUAAACAUACUUACCUGUAUCCAAACUAAUUAUACUUACCUGGAUUUAAAAUACAUUCCUCACCCAAACCCUACAUCCUAACCACAAACCACAACCCUAGCCCAAAACAUCUCCUAACCCCAGACCACAAACCCUAACCACAACAUUUCCUAUCCCCCAACCUUAAACCCUAACCCUAACAUCUCCAAACCCUAGCCCUAAACCCUAAACCCUAACCCCAAUCCAGUAUCCCCUAACCCCAAUCCAGUAUCCCCAACCCUAGUCCACAUCCUAACCCCAACACACCUAGAAAACACAAGAAAAACAAGUUAAACACAAUAAAUAAAAGUUAAAUUUCAUCUAGCAUUAUAAGAAAUAAAUAAUCCUUAAGAAUAGAAUUAUGUUAAAAAAUAUACAUGUAAAAAAUAUUGAAAUACAAUUAAGAUCAUAUGGGAAGACUAAAAAUAGGUUAAAAAGUAGUUAAAUUAAUUAAAUACACUAAUGCCAUUAACUUACAAAACAAGUGAAAUAAAAUUCAAGAAUAAAAAUACAAGACAUUUAAUGAACAUUGGGGAAAGCUAUAAAAGACAGACAACCAGUGAACACAAUCAGGUACAGACAAGACACCAAACAGUGAACAUCAUUUAAAAUAACAGGAGAAGACUAAUUAAAGAAAAUAUAAUAGAAAAACAAUUGAAUUAAAUAUUUUUAGUGUGCCAUUGACCUGAGGAAGGCUCUGGAGAGCCGAAACGUUGUCAGGCACACAAUUAA